AUGAACCGAGGCAAGAGCUCGUCAAGACCAUCCUCCAUGUCGAGCGAUGCUCGCCCGAUGAGCAUCGACGCCAUGCUCGACAUGGAGCGUCGCGAGGUCCUAGCUCUCCUCGAGAACAGCUCGCCGACCAAUUCUUCGCCCGAGCUCGAGCGUCGUUCUGCAUCCCCCUACCAGACGCCGAGGUCACCCGUGCGAAGCAUGUUGGACAUUGACGAGGAACCGAGCACGUCGAGCCGACCCACGAGCCCGCACCGCCAAGGCCCCGUACGAAGCAUGCUCGAUACCGGGACACCUUUGCACAAGACCGGCAGCAACCCGACGUCCAGCUCGCCCGUGCUAACGACCGAUGCGAGCGCAAAGGUCAGAAGCCCGAGUCAGUCAUCCUACAACAGAGCCAGUGCAAACCAUAACGACCCCGCCUCUGGACAUCAGUUCUCGGGCAUUUACAAUACACUGGGAGGCGCACAUCAGCAACAGAUGCCCCUGCGUGCUGGUCAAGGCAGCGGGUUUGGGCAGUCAAGGUCCGGGUCGCUGGCAGAAGCCCUGCGCGGCAGCGACUUGAGCAGCCUCCAGCUGCCUGGCGAAUUGGGGCACGGCUCUUCUCGCGGUGGAAUCCCGAGCCGUUUAGGAGGAGGGGGAGGUCGUCAGAACAACAAGUCGAAAUCGCCCAGCAACCGCCUCAGCAGUCGCUCCCGAUCGCCAGCUCCGUUCGCCCCGGCGCUGACUCCAGGCAAAGGAUACCUCAACGAUGGGCAAGUGUUCGACAUGAACAAUGCUUACAGGCGCCUGUCCGAUGCCAACCUUGUGUACUCUUCUGGAAGCUUGGCGCAGCUGCCCAUGCGGAAACAGUCUGUGGACCCAGGCGAGGGUAGGCUGGUGAAGGACUACCUCGGUCCCGAUGGCGAGCAUCUAGGCUCUAGUGAGGAAGAUGAGCCAUCCUCGACCGAUGACGAGUCCCGUGGGCGAAAGAAGGAGCCUAGGGCGCUGAAUCCGGACGCCAAGGGGGAGAAGCAUCUGAGCGGGUCGCGCUCACGGUCUGGCGGGCGCAAGACGCUCAGUCUGCUGGCAGCGGCUGAGGAAGAGCGCACACACGUAGCUGGAAAGUAUCAGUAUCGCUCACUGAUCCCCGAUCCCGAGAUCAAAGUGACCGACGCAUCUGGCGACACGGUCAAGCCUGGGAAGCACGCCGUCCACCCGCACACGAGUUUUGAUCACACGCCAGGGUCAACGACGGCGUCUGUCAUGGAUUCGGACGAAGAAGCCGAUUUUGACGAGAUCAGGAGGGCACAGAAAUUGUCAUUCACAAUGACGAACAUCAUUUCCAACGUCGAGGCCCACCGUUCGGUUCGAAUCAUCUACCGUGGCGAGUACAAUCGGAUCGCGCAAACGGCUGACGAGGAGUCUCGCCGGCUGCGAAAGUACAUGGUGGCGACUGACCUGAGUGACGAGUCGACGCAUGCUCUCGAAUGGGCCAUUGGCACGGUGCUCCGCGACGGAGACACGCUGAUCGCCAUCUACUGUGUGGAUGAAGAGACCGGCAUUCCAGGAGGCGAUGGGGCUUCGGACGACUCGAAGACGACACGUGAGCAAGCUGCUGCUGUGAACACGAUCACAAGCUCCAAGUCGGCUCCCGGCGGUCUGCUGUUCAGGGGGGAGUCGACGGCGAACACACCGGGCGCCUCUCCUGCGCCCUCGACCAGGGGCGAGAACAAGGCCGAGGAGGACCGUCACCGAGCAGUCAAGGACAUUACGGACCGAGUUUUGCGGCUGUUGCGCAAGACGCAGCUGCAGGUGCGGGUGGUGGUGGAGGUGAUGCACUGCAAGAACCCCAAGCACCUCAUCACAGAGGUCAUUGACCUGGUCGACCCUACGCUCGUCGUGAUAGGAAGCCGAGGACGUAGCGCACUCAAGGGUGUCAUUCUGGGGUCGUUCUCCAACUACCUGGUGACCAAGAGCUCCGUGCCGGUCAUGGUGGCGAGGAAGAGGCUCCGCAAGCAGAGCAAGUAUAAGCGGACAGCCGUGCGGCAGGUCAACAAUCUGCACAACCCGGCGGCUCGCAGUCUGGCGAAUGCCAAGAUUGACUGA